ACAUUAAAGGUUUAAGUUUAUUUCAAAAUGGCAGCUCAAGGAUGGAUCAAUUAGUACGAGGUUUCGCCUCACUACACUUUCAUUUGACUUUACAGUAAACACAAGUUGAUUUGGGAAUUUAUAGGAAAACAGUUGACUUCAAAGACAAAAAUCAAAUAUUCAAUUAAAGUAAAAUUUAAAGAAACUUGACACCAGUCCUACAAUAGUUUCCGUACAGGCAUAAUGCAAUUAGUGCUUCUCCUCUGCUUUUUCCAACUGUUUAAAGAUAAAAUGUUGAUAAUUGGAGAAAAAUUGAAUGAAGAAGAUGCAUCUGGUGCUAUUGUAAGAAUUGGGAAUAGUUAUUUUCUUCUGGAUGAAACUGAUCUAGACGAUAUCUAUCCUCUGUUCACGGAUAAUUCAGAAACUCAGAGACAAAACAGUUCAACGCAAAAACUGGAAAAGGCAAAAAUACCAGAAGAAAAAGCAGAAAAGCCAUCUCAGGGUGAUGACUAUAAUUUGCAGAUACCCACUGAACCUUCCUCUACUCGUGGAUACAGCAAGAAUGAUACAAAGCAGAUCAAUGCAAUUUCUCAGGACUCAUCGGGGAUAGAUCUUUUGUUGAGAGAACAUCUGCCCGGUCAGCACAAAUCACCUGACCUCACAACAAAGGGUUCUACUGUCGGUAUGGUUACUACUGAUAUGAAACAGGAAAUAAAUGUAAAUGAUCGGAAACCUAGGUUUCCAAAAUCUACUAGUCCUGUUCCACAAGAAACCACGGAAACAACCACGGAUGUUACUGGAUAUUCUAAAGGAACUACGCCAGCUUCAGCUACUGCACCAGAAAAUACUUCUUCACCAUCAAUUGAGUCAACUUCAGUUUCUUCCUUAGAAUCUACUUCAGUUCCUUUGGAAGAAACUACUUCAGUUCCUUUGGAAGAAUUUACUUCAGUUCCUUUGGAAGAAACUACUUCAGUUCCUUUGGAAGAAACUACUUCAGUUCCUUUGGAAGAAACUACUUCAGUUCCUUUGGAAGAAUUUACUUCAGUUCCUUUGGAAGAAACUACUUCAGUUCCUUUGGAAGAAUUUACUUCAGUUCCUUUGGAAGAAACCACUUCAGUUCCUUUGGAAGAAACUACUUCAGCUUCUUUGGAAGAAUCCACUUCAAUCCCUUUGAUUGAGUCUACGUUAGAUCCUUUAUCAGAAACUACAUCAUCAUCAACCACUAAUCCUGCUAAUAUCUCUGAAACCGCUUUAGCAGCAAAUGUUACAAUUCCGGAAGGAGAUAAUGUAACUGUUUCAUAUCCAGAUAAUUCUACAGUUACUUUUCAUUACCAAGAAAAGAAACCUGAAAAUGAUACAACAAUCGUGCCUGGAGAGAAAACAAAUGAAACGUCUGCUGAAACGACCACAACAUCAACACUGGCACAGAAUGGAUCUGACGCUAGUACAAGUUCUUCUCCAACUGUAAAGGGAUACGAGUCUAUUAUCAAAGAUAAAUGUGAAUAUCCAGCAGAUCAUAUAUUCUGCAAUUUGAAGGAGCCAGCACCCGAAUGCAACAUAAUAUAUAACAAUAUGUCUCAAGAUCUUCAAAACAAGAUACUAGAUAAGCACAAUCAGCUCAGGAGACAGUUUGCUAAGGGAAUAGAUACAAACAUGAAGCCAGCUGCGAACAUGAAGAAAUUGGUUUGGGACAAUGAAUUAGCAGCCAGUGCACAGCUAUGGGCAGAUCAGUGUACUAAUAAGCAUUUACCUUUUGGGUUUCAGAAACUAAAUGAUUCAAUUAAAAUGAACACUGAGAACUUAUACCAUAUCUCCGGUUCAAAAAGUUUGGAUUAUUCUUCAUUGGAAAAGAAGUUGAAUAAGGGAAUACAGGCCUGGUAUGAUGAAAUAACUUUGUAUGAAUCUCCUAAUAAUGAAAAGUUUAUGACCGGGGACAAUUCAUACCUACAUUUCUCGGCCAUUGUUUGGGCAGACAAUCAGCUGAUGGGAUGUGGUUUGGCGCAUUUUCAGGAAAAAAUGUUUUCUACCCUGUUGGUUUGUCAUUAUGAUAUCGGGAAUAUCGAGACCUAUGAAUUUUACAAGGCUGGUGCCCCCUGUUCUAGUUGUGAGGAAGGAUACAUAUGUGAUGAUGGUUUAUGUUCUAAACAGUAGAAUAAUGUACUCUGAUGUACUGAUUACAUGCAGUACAUAUUGUACUACAGCUGAAAUACUUUGUUCCAUGGACUUUCUGUUUUUUAAAAUUUACUAGAUUUAUUUAUGAAUGCAUUCAAUCACAUAUUGUUUAUUAUCAAGAAAAUAAAUAUUGGAAAUUUUUUA